AUGGCAUCUAGAACUUGGCAAGAGACUGUAUCCCUGAAGCAAAGGGAACUCCGAGACUCCAUUCCUCGAGAAUGGAUCGAUGAUAAUCUAAAGGUGGAUAUGAUAUCCAAAGGGCUUGUCAAUACGAGGGAAUACCUUGAUGACAUUUUGCCAGAGGAAGAGAAGAGUAUAACGUCAAGGACAAUCAUGGAACUUUCUCAAGCUAUUGGUAACGGUGAGCUCACUGCAUUAGAAGUGACAAAAGCGUUUACUCAUAGAGCUAUGCUUGCACACCAGAUAUUGAACUGCUGUUCCGAGAUUUUCAUUAACCAAGCGUUGGAAAGAGCCGAGGCCCUGGACACAAUUUUCAAAGAAACAGGUAAAACGGUAGGCCCAUUACAUGGUAUUCCAAUCUCAUUAAAGGACCAGGUUGAUUUAAAAGGUAUUGCAUCUGCUCUUGGUUAUGUUUCCCGAUGCCAUGAUAAAAAAGACGAAAACUCACUAUUAGCAGACAAAUUGUUAGAAAUGGGAGCUAUAUUUUAUGUGAAGACAUGUGUUCCGAUGGCAAUGAUGGCCCCAGAAACCGGUACCAAUCUUUUCCCUUAUACAUACAAUGCAUUAAACAUCAAUCUAUCAUCGGGUGGUUCAUCAGGUGGAGAGGGUGCCCUAAUUGCCGCCGGUGGUGCCCGAGUUGGGUUUGGUACUGAUAUCGGUGGAAGCAUCCGUAUUCCGGCAUCGUACAAUGGUAUUUAUGGUAUCAAACCAAGUGUUGGCAGAGUUUCCUAUCUAAGAGUUUCCAAUUCCUAUGCAAAUCAAGAAUGUAUACCGUCAGUAAUUGGUCCAUUGGCGCAGACCUUAGAGGAGCUUGAGUUUACACUCAAGCUAGUAGUGGAUAGCAAAUGCUGGCUUCAAGAUCCCAAGGUCUUACCUAUUGGUUGGACUCAGUAUACCAUUCCUUCAGAAAAAUUAAAAAUUGGUAUUUGGUUCGACAGUGGAGAUGUUGAGCCAAUGCCUGCAAUCAAACGUACUUUAAAAGAAAUUUACGGCUCCCUAUCCAAGAGCGAUAACUUUGAAGUCGUCAAGGUGGAGUGGCCAGAGCAUCAAAGACUCAUCAAGGCAUUAUUUGAUGUUUAUGGUGCAGACGCAUCCAAAGAGAUCAUGAAUGAAUGCGCCAAAUCUGGAGAGCCCCUCCAUAGAUUGUUGGAUUAUCUAAUGGAUCCUGAAAACAAGACUUCUCCAUUGACAAUCAACCAAUGGUGGGAGUUGUGCAACGAAGUCUAUCUGAUCAAGGCAAAAUAUCUCGAAUUCUGGUGUGGAAAUCAGUUAGAUGCCAUAAUUGCCCCAGUUAUGGCACAAACACAGGUUAAGCCGUACAGUGUUAGCUCCUUGGACUAUACAGGGGUAUGCAACCUCUGUGACUGUUCAAGUGUGGUAAUCCCUUUGAACAAAGUCGAUCCCAUAAAGGACACAUUAAUUGUUCGGGGAACUAGGUCCGACCUUGAGAAAAGUAUCCGUGACCAAUACGACGUUCAGGCGGUGGACAAGAUGCCUGUCUGCGUACAAAUUAUUACAAGGAAACUCGAGGAGGAAAAGGGUUUGGCAAUAGCCUCUCUAGUUCAAAAGGUUGUUAAAGGUUGA